AUGGAUGCAACUUGGAGGAAAAAAUUGUUGGUAGCUGCAAUAGACUUUGGAACAACUUCAUCGGGGUUUGCGUUGUCAUUACUCAAGGAUUAUGAAAAUGAUAAAACAAAGAUCUUUAACUAUAUGUGGAAACCUAACGACCAGCCACGAACUCACAAGACGCCGACGUGUGUGUUGCUGAAACCGGACAAGUCGUUCCAUUCUUUUGGGUUUGAAGCGGAGGAGAAAUAUAUCGAACUCGCUGAAGAUGAUAAACAUAAAGACUGGCGCUUUUUCCGACGAUUUAAAAUGAAACUUUAUAAACCGAGCGACAGGAAUACAUGUGGCUUAUCCCUACACAGCACAAUUAAAGAUACUGAGGGUCGCGACUUUAGUGCUCUAGCAGUGUUUUCCUAUUCCAUAGACUAUAUGAAGAGGAAAAUUAUAGAAAUAGUCAGGGAAAGGUUUCCAGCUGUUAGAGAGGAUGACAUAUCUUAUGUGCUUACGACGCCAGCAAUCUGGAGCGAAGAUGCGAAACAAUUCAUGCGAAAGGCGGCAUUAAACGCACAUAUACCGACAGAAAGGCUACGUAUAGCUCUUGAGCCAGAGUGUGCGGCUGUCUAUGUGCAUACGAAGGAGUUACCUGCUCUUGACAAGAUGACGCAAGACAAACUGGCGAUGAAACCAGGAUCAUGCCAUGUUAUCAUUGAUCUUGGAGGAGGCACUCUAGACAUUGCUGCACACCGGGUUAACGACGACUGUCAAUUUGAGGAGGUCAUUGUACCUGACGGAGGCCCCUUGGGUGGAGAUAAUAUCAACAUGAAGUAUGAUCAGUUUCUGGUCAAACUUUCUGGUGGACCAGCAUUUUCAAAAUUUCGAGACGAAAACAUGGAAGAUUAUUUAACAAUGCAACGUCUGUUUGAAAACAAGAAAUGUGCAUUCAAAGAUACCAGUGAUGACUCAAAGGUUAAUAUAUCGAUUCCAGAGUCAUUUCGUACAUUACAUGAAAUGCAUAAUCAGGAGAAACUCACAGAGUCAGUCCGUCAAAUGGCAAUUUCAGAUGAUGUCGAAUUCAAGGCAGACAAAAUGAGAAUCAAGACAAAACUGUUUCGAAGUUUUUUUACAGAAACUAUUGAUGGUGUUUUAAACACUGUAGAAUGUGUACUGUCUAAAAUGUAUGAGAAAAUUGACACGUUAACUUGCGUCGGAGGAUUUUCUGACUGCCAGUUACUGAAAGACGCAUUUCAUGCAAAAUUUCCAGACCAGACUGUAAUAAUUCCAGAGGAAGCCGUGACUUCAAUCAUGAAAGGAGCGAUCAUUUUCGGUCGGGAUCAGUCUGUUGUCAACAAACGGAUCAGCCGGUACACUUACGGUUUGGACUGGAACGAGGAUUUUGACCCAGAUAACCAUGAUCCAUCAAAACGUGAGGAAACAGACAACGGACAUGUCUGCAGAGAUAUAUUUAGAAAACUGAUUGGAAAGGGAGACGAAGUGCCAUACAACAAACCGACACAAGAAAUCGAAGCUUUUGUGAAAUCUAAAUACCAAACUGUAAUAGAUUUUCCGUUCUACAGGUCAGAAAUUGAAGAGAAUCCAAAAUAUAUCGAUGCAAUAGGGUGCCAUUUAAUUGGAACAAUGCGAGUGAACCUUGGAGAGUCAAAGAUUAAAAGCCUGGACAGAUAUGUGAAGUUGAAAGUAUACUUCGGGGAAACUGAACUCAGAGCCGAGGCUAUAGACGACACUGGAAAGAAGUAUGAUGUUACAAUAAACAUUGAAUAGAUGCAA